ACGGGGUUCUAGAUUGAACCUCUGGGAAGUCGCGGGCUAUUCUCACCUUCACUUCGCCAUGCGGUGAAGGCGUGGAUGUCCCAAAAGCUUUUCGUCAACGCUGUUUGCACUCCUUCCCUUUUGGGACUUUGUUUGUACACCCGAUUCCAUGUUUACAUCAACAGGGAACGCGAUAGACCUCGUGUCUAAUGAACACACAGACAACAAACCUCAACUACUGUCCUCCAUGUAUAAAGGUGAGAUGUUCGCAACACCACCCGAUAGCGAGAUGUCGCCAUGGCAGCAUAUACCUAUGUGGACCCUUGACGAAGUCGGUUACACCUACGACGCGCCACACGUCCAGCCCGAUGGCCGCAUGGAGGGCGGCCUACACUCCCCCACAUAUUACGCGUAUAGCCCCAAUACCAACAGCUGGGAAGAUGGCCUUCAAGAAAUUGAGAGCUUCGAUUGGUCAGGGAAAAAAUCUCCAGAGCCGCCUGGUGAUACACAGGAAGAAAAUUGUCAACAUGGCUGCAACCUCCAGGCUAGAGAUUAUACGACUGGAUAUAAUCCCGAAGACAGUCUCUUAGAUGCUAGAAUGCACCAUCAGCAGCAGCCACUAGUAAACACCGAAACUAGUGACCAUGUCCAGGGCAUGAGCACUGGCCCGCAUUCGACUGAGCGGACUUCCGAGCCUGCGAAAAGCGACGCGUCGUAUCUAGUGACUGAUUCGCCCAUCCGAAUCCCGCGCCUUCCCCGAGAGGAUAUUGAGAUAUCACCCACCACGAUCUCAACAAGUCAGAUUCAGCUACGCUCUGCUAGUCCUCAACCCAAUAAUAAACGUGCAAAUGGCAUAGAUGGUGCGAAUAUCGACGUCGCCCUAGCUAUCGCGGAGCCAAAUAACCCAACCGUGGGGCCCAAAGACGUACGUACGCCAGCAUCGCAGGAAUAUGAAGAUGCCUCAUUUGGAGAACAUCAGGCCCAGGACGUGGGUUUCGCCACAGAAAAGGCCAAUGUCGACGACGUGCAGGAGGUGGAGGACACCACCGGGAUAGCCAAGAACGCUGAACGGAUGUCUUUCACACGAAGUUUUUCGCGUCAAAGCACCUCCAGUUGUCAUGAGCUCGUGUUGCGAGAGCCUCAACCUGCUGCCUCAUCGCAUCUUCUGUCGACGCAACUUUUCCUCGAUACGAAGCGGAGUGACGAAGGGACACCAGAGCCAGAAGAUCUUUGCGAAUUAGGUUCCUUCGACAUGUCGUCCCUAUCCAGAGAAGUAGGAUCAGUACUCUCAACUAUGCAAAUGGAUGUAACCUACGGAGAUAAGGAAAAUGAGAUAGCCUCUCAGCCUUCAAAGAUACAUAAUACACCUCCUCGUCACGACAGCGUUGCUCAUAUCCAGCCGUUCUUUCCAGUUCAAGAGGAUAGCAGGGAGCAUGACGCCCCAAGUUUCCAUGCAGAUAGUGCAGUUUCCAUGGAGGCAAUCAUAGAGGAGCCUACAGGUUCGCUACCGGUAGAGCUUAUUUCAGCGCUCGUUGAUAGCCCAAGCCUAGACCCUGGUCAUCGUUGGCGAGAACAGCUACAAGAUGUCAUCGCAGAGACCUCUCCUGGUGACUAUUCUGACCUUCGGCCGGAAGGAUAUAUAGAUCACGACAAUUUUGCAUAUCCAGCCAGUCCUAGCAACCCGGUAGAAAGUUUGCUAGCGAAAGAUAGUCCCCCUUCGCAGGGUGCAUCAUCGACGCGACAGAUCGACAUCAUCCAGGAGCUACCUCCUUCUCCCUUUGAGUUCGGCGUCGAUACUUCGUACGAAGAAGUUGCUCUAGAUAGAAAAAGUAAGGAAAGUUUACUGGGUAUCUCUAAAGAUACUCAGAACAUUCCGGAGAACAUAGCCGUGUCAUCACAGUCGCUGCACGUGGAACUUUUGAUAGGGAACGAAAGUGCACAGGAAACGUCAGUAGAUGACCAGAAAAUCAGCUCCGAAGUCUCCCCCAUUAUUGAAACGCCGAAUUCACUGCUGCCAUCGUCGAAAAUGGAGACUGGAGCCACGGUUGACUGUGAUCAGUCUUCGACAUCAGAACCGACAUCCGAAGCAAAAACCGCCGAUACUCGCAAGCGCCUCGCACCCCCCCAUAUAUCAGAAGUUGCGACUGACACCGAAGAGGAUAUGCCAGCUAGGAAGAAGCAAAGAAUUAAUACACCGGCUGAGUCACACAAUGCUGUUACAGCUCCAGCAACGAACACCAAGCUUGAUAUGUCAACGUCGAUCAAUGAAGGUUCCGAUGCGAAAGGAGUACAGACCCUCGAAGAGCCUCAGCAUCACCGACAACAAACCACGUCGAGGUUCGAUCAUUUUGCGGUUGGCAAGUACUCACGGCAGCCUCAAGAACCGACCUCUACCAGUAUACAAGGAGUGGCUGGUGAGCCGAGCGUCGACAGAACACUGGGGCUACAACAGCCCGACUACAAUGAUAAUGUGGACAUGCCAGAGCACUACAGUGAUGCCGAUGUUCCUGUCACGCCCGCCCCGCAUGCUUCAACUGCUGCCUCUAAUUUGACGCCUAGCAAGUCACGAGCGAGAAACCCCGUAUCUCCGUUCGAAGUCUUCAAUCUUAAUGACAACACCGCACGAGAAGAUUCUAGAAAUCGACGUAAGAAUCGAGACAUUUCCACUGUACCUGGUCCCCACCUUGUGCUUCAUCUUGAUCCGAACGAACCUAGGUCGAGCGUAAAGGCCGUCGAGGGACCACUGGCUGUGGAUAACGCUGACGAUCCAUUCAUGUUAGUCGAAAAGAGCACGUCGGACGCUGUGCCCACAAUCGAGACUGAUAUUUCGAGCAUGGCACCCACUGAGCCCAAGAAACGUCCUAGUGCGGUCAUCAUCAGGAAGAUUCCAGGGCCUGCGCCAAAGAAAGGGAAAAGUGCGACCGCCAAAAGAGCAGGCAAAGGGAGAAAAGCAAUUAGUGUCAAUAACGAGAAAGAGGAACAGCCACAAGAACUGGUUUCGGCAGCAAAAAUCGAGUUUGGGAAGCCAACGGAUGAUGUUACCAUAAGCGCUCCCCCGAAGAUCAAAGCUGAACAAGCAAAGAAGGUGGCAAAGGGCUCGAAGAGGAAUGACCACAAUGACCAAGGGCUACCGUCGAUCGAUCACACACACCCACUUUAUGUCGGAUAUGGCAAGCGGCAUACGCGAGGUGAUACCAAGUUCGAAGAACAGGUAUCUUCAAGCUCUAAAACCACUUCUACGGGAAGCUUUACAAAGGAGCACGUUGGAGACGGACAUGACGACGAGGACGAAGAUUGGUCACAUGCCGCCAUCACGAAGGCGAAGGCGAAGGCCAAAACAAAAGGCAAUGCAACCCCUCUACUCCUUUCUACCAAGGCCCCCAAACCUUCCGCAUCCCGAGUCGGAACGCCAGCUACGAACAUGGUAUCCACCUCUAGCACUCCGAGGGCGAAUAAGUACGGUUUCAGCCCUCUCCGCGGCAAGCGCAUCGCCAGCUCUCGAAAGUCCACCGACACUGCUGCCGCUGCUGCUCCCAACGCUACAGCACCCAAGCAGUCGAAGCCCGCACCCAAACCCAAACCCGCGGCCAAGGGUAAAGCAAAGAAGUCAGAAGGCGACAUACCAGUCCCAACCAACGACGUCGUCGUGGUAGAGAAACCGAAGACUAAGAAAAAGGCCGCGGUUGAACCAUCUGCUACGGAUCAAGCCACGCGUAUUGAGUCUGACAGGCGUACCACGCGUCGAGCCUCAGCUAUGGAAGAGGAGGUUCGGCAGAAAGAGGGGAAUGUCAAGUUGAGACUGCGAUGUCGGAAUACAAAUGCAAGCGCAGAGGAGAAGUAGAGGGGGCGAAGAAUUUGGCGCCAUGGUUGAAGGGAUGUGGAAGUGAACAUUGCAUCUAAACCGGAUGGAUAGCUGGGUUUUCAUCUUGGAGAUUAUGGAUGGGGCUGAUACUGUGUCCUUGGUGCGUGACGGUAAUGGGGCACGAUGUAUGAAGCUGAAGCGUUGGAAGAA